AUGAAAAUGAGGUAUCGCAGGACGCAGAAACACACGGACUCCACCAAAGCAGAUAGAGAUUACCGUGCCGUUUCACCGUAAAGCCAGAAACUAUAGUGAAGGAAAGUCUUUCUGCUGGUGAGGCAGUUGACCCCCCCUUCCUCCUUCUCCCGCUGCGUAGUGAGUGUCGGACACUGGAGCUGGGGAGUCAGAGCGGGGAGCUUGUCGUCAGUGACAGCGGUGAACUCCCGGAGCCGAAGCCCGUUCAUCUCUCCGCUCGGACUUUUUGCCAGUCGUGCGCAGGGCAGAUAGAGUUGCAUCAGCAAAGCACAAGCGGACACGGACACUGUUGGUCCCCUCUCUCACCCGUAUGAUGAAACCGGGAAUUUGCUGCCCUGAGGGCUCCCCGGAGCGUGUGGAGGGACCCGCAGCAGGGAGCCGUCAGAAGAUGAUGGGGACAGGAACGGCCAUGAGUGGGAGCCGGUGUCCGCCUCUUUUUCUCCUGCUCCUUCUCGGCAGCAGCUGCCACAUGUUGCACGGGCAAGAGGUUGCUCCCUACCUGAGAGGGGCUGGACUGGGGCAGCAGGUGGUGUUGGAGGGGAACAGGCUGGUGCUGACCUGCCUGGCUGAAGGCAGCUGGCCUCUGCAGUACCGCUGGACUCUCAACAACAGCAACGUCACUGACUGGGUACCACAGUACAGGUUGCCUGUCCGGUCUCUGAAGAGGACUGAUGCUGGCCUGUAUCAGUGUAUGGUGAGGAACAGGGUGGGAGCAGUCAUACACAGGAGAACAGAGGUGCAGGUGGCCUUUAUGGGGGAUUUCUCCGCUGAGGAGCAGAGAAAGACGGUGACUCAGGGUCGAGCAAUAAUCAUCAACCAGCCUCCCCUCGCCUCGUUCCCCCGACCCCUCGUCACAUGGUACAAAGACGGACACAAGAUAAUUCCCAACAACCAAAUUGCAAUCACUUUGGACAAUCAUCUGGUUGUCUUGGCAACCACUGCAGCGGACGCCGGACGUUACCACGUCGAGGCGGUGAACGAGAUGACGGGAGAGAAUGCGACGAGUCCCGCCGUCUACCUGAGCAUCUCAGUUGGCAAGAAGAACCGAGGGUCAACAGAUCCUGAAUCAGAACUUGUGGCUCCGACGAUUGUGAUCGCACCCAGAAACACAACAGUGGUGGCGGGCAGGGAGGCGACACUGGAGUGCAUCGCUAAUGCCAGACCGAUUGACAGCCUCGUGGUGUCAUGGAAACGUGAUGGGCGUCGUCUGACCAAUGGGCGUCGCCUUGUUAUUCCCGCCCCCACCUCUUCUGACACAGGGUUAUAUGUUUGUGAAGCGUUGCUUAGCAACAGCACUAGCAAACCUGUGGAGGCAAGGGCACAACUCACUGUAAUGGAGCCACCUUCUCUGACUGCUCAACCUAAGAGGAAGAUCGUUGCUGACCUCGACAGGAAUGUAGACAUCCCCUGCCUGGCUACAGGUGUGCCCCAGCCCAGGAUAGAGUGGUAUAAGGAUGCGGUGCCUCUUUCCAAAUUGGCCAACCCUCGCUACAAGGUCACCGCAGCAGCCGGGCUGACGGUGCGCAGGGUGCAGCCGGGAGACGGAGGAAUAUUCCAGUGCUUCGCUCGCAACGCCGCCGGAGAAACUCAGGCACACGCACAACUCCUUGUAUCAAGUGUGGCGCCCGCAUUUACAUUCCCUCCAUCUGACCAAAUAGUAACUGAUGGGAACACAGCCUUGUUUAAGUGCCAGACGAGCGGAGCUCCAAAACCUGCCAUCACCUGGAGGAAAGGAUCACAGGUCUUAGCUAGCGGCUCUGUUCAGGUUCCCAGGUUCACACUGUUACAGUCAGGGGGUUUGCAGAUUCAGCCAAUCAGCUUCCAGGAUUCAGGAGAUUACACAUGCAUCGCCUCCAACCGAGACGGAACCAUCAACUCCACCUCUACGCUCACCGUUUGGAGUCGUACAGUCAUUUCUGUGCCUCCAACAGACCAGCGUGUUAUCAAAGGAACCACUGCUAUACUGGACUGUAAUGCUACACAUGACCCCAGAGUCAAUAUCAGCUUCAAGUGGGAUCGAGGCGGCGUGCUGGUCCGGCCCACCAAUGGGGGCCGUGUCACCAUACGCCAGGGCUCCCUCUCUAUUGGCCAGACAUGGUCAGGUGACAUUGGGGAUUACACCUGCACUGUGACAUCGCAGGCUGGCAACGAUUCUCGGCCUUCGCGCCUCGAAGUCAUUGAGCUGCCGCACUCUCCUCGCUCCCUGACGGCUCGUCUCAAUGACUCUGAUUCCCGCUCCGUCCUCCUCUCCUGGCUACGCCCCUUUGAUGGGAACUCCCCACUUCUGUUCUACCUGCUGGAGCUCUCUGAGAACAACUCACCGUGGAAGGUCUACCUAUCAGAGGUCGAUCCUGUGGUGAGCGAGGUAUCAGUGGGCGGGCUCACACCUGCUAGGACCUAUCAAUUCAGGCUUUGUGCUGUCAAUCAAGUGGGCAGGGGUCAGUACAGCACCGAGACGCAGAGAUUGAUGCUGAGGGAGGAAGCACCCAGCGCUCCUCCAAAGAAUAUUGUGGCCAGUGGCCGGACAAAUCAGUCCAUCAUGGUCCAGUGGCAGCCUCCCCCAGAACCCCAGCUCAACGGAGUCCUGCGAGGAUAUGUACUCAGGUACCGUCUGGCAGGGCUUCCUGGGGACUACCAGGAGAAGAACAUCAGCAGCCCAGAGACCAACUACUGUCUGCUGAAAGAUCUGAUCAUCUGGACACAAUACCAGAUCCAAGUGGCUGCCUUCACUGGAGCCGGCCUGGGCGUCUACAGCAGCCCUGUCACUGAGUACACUCUGCAGGGAGUUCCCACAGCACCUCCGCAGGAAGUGGAAGUUUUAGCUAUCAACUCGACUACCAUCCGCUUCACAUGGAACCCUCCGCCUCAGCAGUUUAUUAAUGGCAUCAACCAGGGAUACAAGCUGCUGGUGUGGCCAGAGCAGUCUCCAGAGGACGUUAUCGUGGUAACCAUCACCCCGGACUACCCUGGUUCACGCCACACGGGGUUAGUCAGCGGACUCAAGAAAUUCACCUGGUAUUUUGGCUCCACCGUCUGCUUCACAACACCUGGAGACGGCCCCCGCAGCCAGCCCAACCUGCUGCAGACACACGAGGACACCCCUGGACCCGUUCGCCACCUGAGCUUUACUGAAAUCUUGGACACAUCACUCAGAGUCAGCUGGGCAGAUCCUGACGACAAGAAUGGCAUCAUCACCGGCUACGUGCUGUGGUGGGCAGCGUCUGGCGUAGAGUCGAGCCGUGAGGAACGUUCACUGUCCAACUCGACCCUGCAGUAUCAGCUGACCGGCCUCACCUCCACCACCAUGUACACACUACAGGUGGCAGCGCUCACCGCCGCAGGACGGGGCGUGGUCACAUCAUCCACCAUCUCCACUGGAGUCCCACCAGAACUUCCUGGUUCACCAUCUAACUUAGUCAUCUCCAACAUCAGCCCUCGGACAGCAACACUUCGGUUCCGCCCUGGUCUUGAUGGCAAGACCGCCAUAUCACGAUGGAUAGUAGAAGGCCAGGUCGUGAAGAAGGAUGGAAAGGAGGAGCUGUGGAGAGUUGUCUACCAGAAAGACAACCAGCCCAAUGCAGACAAUCUGGAGAUCCCCGACCUCACUCCGUUCACCAAGUACAGGUUCAGGAUGCGUCAGGUGAACAUUGUCGGCUCCAGUAACAUGAGCGCCCCCUCCAGGCAGAUUCAAACCCUACAUGCUGCCCCUGACACAUACCCCUCUAACCUCACCCUGCUGUCUGCCACACAGACCAGCCUGCGCUUCAACUGGAAGCCUCUUCCAGAGUCCGAGUACAACAGUAGUCCAGAGACCGUGGGAUACCGGCUGCGUGUGUGGAGGACUGACGGCCAGGGAGAGGACAGGACAGAGGAAGUGGAGAGAGCAGGGGGGACCAGUGAGACCCCCGUAGAGGGCCUCAAUCCCUGGACCCAGUACCAAGUUCAGAUACAGGCCUACAACUCCAUAGGACCUGGACCAUGGAGCAAUACUGUCGCCGCACUCACUGCAGAAUCUGUUCCAUCUGGAUCUCCGAUGAAUGUGACGGCUGAGGCAGUGAGCUCCACCAGGAUCCUGCUCAAAUGGUCUGCUCUCCGUCAGGCACAGAGGAAUGGAGUCAUACUUGGCUAUAAGGUGAUGUACAGAGAGAAAGAUGCAGAAGGUCCCCCGAGUGUUCAGGUGGCAGAAGGAGAGGGGAGUGUGACGCUGCUCCUUGGCGCUCUCCAAAAACACAUGGCGUAUGUGCUGCAGGUGCUGGCGUACACACGGAUGGGUGACGGCCCACAGAGCAACCCCAUACUGCUCAGAACCAGAGAAGAUGUUCCAGGUCCCCCUGUCAGGAUGGUGUUUCCAGAAGUUCGGUUGUCAUCAGUUAGGGUGGUUUGGCAGCCACCCACGAACCCCAACGGCAUCAUAUUAGGAUACCAGAUCUCAUACUGCUUGGACAGCAGGGACCCUCAGCGAUGGACCACAGUGGAGGUGGGCUCCAACGCUCGACAGUUCACCGUCACAGGACUUUCCUCUGAGCAGGCCUACGUGUUCCGACUCACCGCUCGCACCGCCGUGGGCUGGGGAGAAGAGCAGGAAGCCCUGGUUGUUACCACUGAACGCAGAGAGCGUCCCCAGCCACCCAGGAAGUUGGCUGUUCCUCAGGACGGGGUUGAAUCUCGCCAUCUCCGCCUUCACUGGGUGACGGGUGGCUCAGGUUCCUCCCCGCUGAGGUACUUCACUCUGCAGGUCAAAGAGCUGCCCAAUGGAGACUGGAACACACACACUGCUGACAUCCCACACAACGUGACCACCUGGACCGCUGACAGGCUGAAGCCCUUUACAUCAUACAAGUUUCGGAUGCUGGCCACCAACGAUAUAGGAGACAGUGUCCUCAGCAAAGAGACGGAGGCUGUUACAACUCUGCAGGAUGUCCCUGAGGAGCCUCCAGUGAUCCUCGCAGUGAAACCAACUACCACUACCUCAGUCUUGGUUCAGUGGAAGAGACCUAAUGACAUCAGUCUUAACGGGGUGUUGACUGGAUACCGGCUGUAUUAUAGAGAGCUCCAAGUAAACAUUUCCACUUUCGCUGAAGCUGAAGUCCAGGCAACCAAAAACAACACCACAAGUGCCCUCAUUACAACCAAGAGCACCUUCAAGACCGUCAGCAGUGCCUCGCUAACAGAGUUUGAGUUGACACAACUAAAGAAGUUCAAACGCUACCAGAUUGUUAUGACAAGCUACAACAUCAUCGGAGAGAGUCCACCCUCCACCCCAGUCGAGGUGUCUGUCGGAGAGGCAGCUCCAUCGGUGGCCCCUCAGUCUAUCAGAGUGUCAGCUGUGUCUCCCUCCAUCCUGGAGGUGACUUGGGACACACCCCCCCUCGAGACCCAGAAUGGACUCAUCCAAGGAUACAAGACACAUUGA